AUGACUUUGGCGUCGGGUAGAAGCUUCGGUGUCACCGAGAAGGCGAUCAAAAUAGCGUUCUCGAAGAACCUGGGGACUCGGUAUGCGGUUUUGCAGUUUCAGCAGCAAGAGUUCGCAAUAGAGAACGCUAUGGUUCGGGUGAUGAAGGCACCACUCGAAGCCAUGUGCCACUCCACCAAAUCCAAGGAUUUCAAGUGCGCUUUUGAGCGACUCCGUUCCACUCCGCGGAAGGCCAAGACAAAUCACUCGCAACGGCCUCGAUCGCUUCUGUUGUGGUUCAGGUAA